AUGAAUGGUUUUUCUGCAAGGAAGAGUCAGAUACGAUGCAAUGUGAACAAUGACGUAACACAACAAGCAUUUGUGUGCUUUAGACAGGGUUUUAGAGAUUUGUGCUCUGAUAAUGAUGCUACUCGACGCAAACAGGAACCAAAGCCUACAACUAGAUGUGGAUGUGGGGUAGAGAUGCGCGUGCAUAUACAUGAGGAGACGGGCAGAUGGAUUGUAACCUACUUUCAAGAAGAACACAACCAUGAGAUGCUUGAUGAUAUGUUAACUUUUAUGCUUCCUGGGCAUGGGAAAAUGAAUUCUGCUGCAAUUGAUCAGAUGAACAUGAUGCUAAAAAUUGGUAUUAAAACUCCUCAGAUUUAUUCAUCAUUGGUACAUACUGCAGAUGAUGAGGGUCGGUUGGUCCACCUUUUCUGGUCAGACAAUUGUAGCCAAUUGGACUACCAUUUGUUUGGGGAUGUGGUAGCAUUUGAUGCAACUUAUCGAACGAAUAAGUAUAUGUGUCCUUUAGUUGUGUUUUCCGGUGUCAAUCAUCAUAACCAAACCAUUGUGUUUGCACAUGCACUUGUUGCAAAUGAGAACAAGGCAACCUAUACGUGGUUACUUGAACAGUUUCUAGAUGCCAUGAAGGGAAAGAAGCAUGGGUGUGUGAUUACCGAUGGGCAUGGAGCAAUGAAAAAGGCCAUUGAGACUGUGUUUGCCGGUGCUUAUCACUGCCUAUGUGCUUGGCACCUGAUAAGGAAUGCAACAUCAAACCUCAGCAACCCAACAUUUACGUUCGAGUUUAAGAAAUGUAUGAUUUUUUAUUAUGAGGUGUCAGAGUUUGAAGAGAAAUGGGAGAACUUGGUGUCUAGCUUGGGUCUUCAUGACAAUGAAUGGAUCUUCCAAUGUAUUUCCCAAAUUAGAUCCAGAGAAGCACAGUCUGAUUUACAGUCAAUUGUUGGGGACCUAGUACUACAAAGUCCGUUGCAUGAUUUGGAGAGGUCGGCAGCAAAGAUGCUCACCAGAGAGAUAUUUUUAUUAUUUCGUUCAAUGCUUUUGCGAGCUUGCUCUUUGAAGAUCCGUUCGUGCACGUACACACCAACUUUUGAGAUUUACACGCUUUCAUAUUCUAGAAGCUUGCAUAAAGAGUGGCGCACAUCUCACUAUCCGAAUGAAGAAAUAUACAAGUGUAGUUGCAUGAGGUUGGAAUCGCUUGGCAUACCAUGUGAUCAUGUUGUUGCCGUCCUUGUUCAUCUUGAUGCUAUUGAGUUACCUAAGAGUCUCAUUCUUGAUAGGGAGUUAUGCCUUCUUGGUUCUGCUGGCGAUACUGAAUUCUCCGAACUGACGGAUAAAUUUCGGAAUGAGAUAAUACUUCUUAAGGAAUGA